AUUUUCAGCCGACCUCCACACAGUCGUCGACGAUGGCAGGACGUCUCUGUAAAUCUUUGAUCGGUAGUGUGCGUUUUGCGGGAGCUCGCAAGUAUAGCAGUGAUGUACGAAAAGUCACCCUUAUACCUGGCGAUGGCAUUGGACCAGAAAUCUCAGCUGCUGUGCAAAAGAUUUUCUGUACAGCAGAGGUUCCAAUUUCCUGGGAAGAAGUAGAUGUAACACCAGUUAAAGGCCCUGAUGGAAAAUUUGGGAUUCCACCUGCAGCCAUUGACUCAGUCAAUCGAAAUGGCAUUGGGCUGAAGGGACCUUUGAUGACUCCAGUUGGAAAGGGCCAUCGCUCACUCAACUUAGCCAUUCGUAAGGAAUUCAAUCUUUAUGCUAAUGUACGUCCAUGUCGGAGCGUGGAGGGAUAUGAGACACUCUACCGAGAUGUGGAUGUUGUCACCAUUCGUGAAAAUACUGAAGGAGAAUACUCUGGUAUUGAGCAUGAAAUUGUAGAUGGUGUUGUUCAGAGCAUCAAACUUAUCACAGAACCAGCUUCACGUCGUGUGGCAGAGUAUGCUUUCCAGUAUGCUCGCAAUAAUGGAAGAUCUAAAGUAACAGCAGUCCACAAGGCAAACAUCAUGCGGAUGUCAGAUGGACUCUUCCUUCGUUGUUGCCGAGAAGCUGCUGAGAGAAAUCCUGACAUCAAAUUUGAAGAGAGAUAUCUGGAUACUGUAUGCCUAAAUAUGGUACAAGAUCCCUCACAGUAUGAUGUAUUGGUUAUGCCUAAUCUGUAUGGUGAUAUCCUCUCAGAUCUGUGUGCAGGGUUAGUAGGUGGUCUAGGUUUAACACCAUCUGGGAAUAUUGGUGAGGGUGGUGCUGUCUUUGAGUCAGUUCAUGGCACAGCUCCUGACAUUGCUGGUCAGGACAAGGCUAAUCCAACAGCACUCUUGUUAUCUGCUGUCAUGAUGUUACGGUAUAUGGAAUUGCCCAAGCAUGCUUUAAUUAUUGAACAAGCUUGUUUUGAAACCAUCAAGGAGGGUAAUUUCCGGACAGGUGAUCUAGGUGGUACAGCAAAAUGUUCUGAAUUCACUGAUGAGAUUUGCAAAAAGAUUGAGGAUUUGAAAAGUUAAGAUUGAAGUUAUUGUUCUCUUUACCGAUUGUUAACCAGUUCAUAAACAUACAAAUGUAGAGCACUAGUACUAAAACUUAGAAAAAGCCAAGUAAAAAAAUAUCAGGAUUAUGUAUUGUAUAAUUGGAUGGAAAGCUCAGUACAGUAUGUAGUAAACAGUCUUCAUAAUGGUAGCAACUUACUAAUAUAUAAAGUUUGAGUACGUAGGUCUAUUUUUUAUAUUGAGAUAAGUUAUAUGGUGGUGCUCAUUAAUUGUGCGAAUAUGAUCUCAAAGGAGCUCCCCAAAAAUUUUUUACUCCUAAGUUUUAUCUUGCCAUAAUUUAAUUGUUGAGGAUGGAAUGGUCAAGAUAACCUGUUUUGGUUUUUAACAAGGAGAUUUCUAAGACCGUGUUAGACCAAGGCAUAAUAGAGAUACAUGUAAGAAACUCAAAAUAUUCUUAUUAGACAGUCAUACAUGAAGGAGUGAAAUAGAUUCAUUUCAUCGGAAUAAGGCACCCAGCUUGGAGUGAAAAAUUAUGGUGGUGAACUAUUUCCUGUAUUAUCUUUCUCUUCACUUGCUUGGUAUUUUCUACCUCACCUGCCUACUGUUCCAUUUAAUUUUUAUAUUGUCAUUGAAUCUCCUUUGUUUCAUUGGUCAACCAAAGAUGGGUCUGAUUAUUUAAUGCGGUCUGUUUCCUUACAAUGUUGUAAUAAUUGUGUGGUUAACUGUUAACCAGUUACAGAUAAACUACACAAUUAAAGUUUCCAUUGACCGGUUGCAUUUUUAGAAAGUUGACUACCUAAAUAUUUUUAAAUAUGUAAAUAGUUUCAAGUAGAAUUAUGAUAUGUACAGAAUUAAAGUUAUAAAAUCUAUAAACUUG